UUUGAAGGGAAAGAUAUUUAUGUGAAAAGUUUGGAUACAAUGCUGCUGCCGUACCGUGUCCAAUACCUCUGGGGCCCAUUCUUCAAAAGAAACGUUUUAAUUGGGAUGUGGUUGUCAAAAUCUUAACAGAAAUGAUAAUUAUUAAUUUCCAAAUCACAGUAGAUUUCAUUUUCAAGCUUCUUUGAAGUAAACACAGACAUGAGAACGGACGACUGUGACUUACAAUGGCGUUAAUGGCUCGAGAAUUUGACCAACCAUGGUCCCUGUACCCUGCCAUGUCUCGGUUUGGGGAUUUCCCAUCCAGAAACUGGAGUUACGGAGAUGAAAGUUGGCCGUUGAUGCGACGAAACCGACCGAUGUCGUCUUGGAUGUUGGAAUCCACCAAGAGGUUUAUGGAAAUGGAGAAAAGAUUCGAUCAAUUCAUGAGUAGAGUGGAUGGGAGGUUUCGUGGAAUGUUACGCAUGAUUGAUUUCGAUGACGAGGUCGACGCGAGCUUGAAAAUCCCGGUCGAGCACGACGGGGCAAAGAUGGCGGUUGAUAAAGCUCCAGCAAGUACAAAAGGAAGAUACAAAAUAAACAUCAACGUUCAAGACUUUAAACCAGAGGAGGUGACGGUGAAAGUAGCCGGUGGUAAAGUGGAGGUUCAUGCAAAACGUGAAAGUAAGAAUGAGGAUAAUGGGAUGUACGCUUAUACUUUCAGGGAAUUCCGGAGGUCCUUCACCCUUCCCGACGGUAUGAAAACCGAGGACGUUACGUCAUCGUUAACUGACGACGGAAUAUUAAAAAUAGAAGGCCCGCACGAUGUCGCUAUAGAGCAACUGAAGAAACCCACUCUUGCUAUAGGGGAAAUCCCCAUUAGUGUACAACACGGUAAUUAACACCGCACGAAAUUAUUUUGUUUCGUUUUUCAAAUUUGCACAAUAAAUAUUGAAAGCACUUUC